AUGCCACCUAAGAAGUCGCGCUCGGUCUCUCCUGCGAGUGAACGCCGUGAGCGCCUGACAUUGGCGAAACUGGCCAGCUAUGACGAUGUCGCAACGGAUGCGCUAGUUGACCAUGCUUAUUUCUGGACCACUACACGCAAGAAUCGCAACAAGUACAGCCCGGCCCGCGGCAUCCACGAUGACGACGUAGGACGCAUCCUCCUUCACGAUGUGGUCGUUGCCAAAGAUGUCCCACAAGGCGAACGAAAGUUACUGGAAUUGCCGGGGCUGAGGAAGUACAUGGCCAAUCUCCCUAGUCCUCGUGAGAAGGAGUGGUUUCGCCGCCAUCUGCGCAAGUAUGUGCAAAUGUACCACCCGGACUGUCCCUUCGAGGUCACUACGACCAACCGGUAUAUCAUCACGCAACACGAAGCCGCUAUAUGUGCCCGUAAGUUCAUUAAAUCAGGCCAGGAGAUCAAGUUUCUUAGUGGGACGCUUGUAUCUAUGACCAAGGAAGAAGAGCUAGAUCUUGGCUUGACCCGGAAGGAUUUCAGUGUGGUGAUGUCCAGCCGCCGGAAGACGCCCUCCUUCUUCCUCGGACCCGCUCGGUUCGCCAACCACGACUGUGAUGCCAAUGGUCGCUUGGUGACUCGGGGCACCGAGGGCAUGUCAGUCAUGGCCACGCGUAAUAUCUACGAGGGAGAAGAAAUUACAGUCUCAUACGGAGAGGAUUAUUUUGGUAUCGAUAAUUGUGAAUGUCUGUGUUUGACCUGCGAACGUGGCGCCCGUAACGGCUGGGCGCCACAAUCACAUUCGGAUUCGGAUACGAGCAAGGAGACCACUCCGGUCUCAAUGGAUGAAGAUACGACAGAAAUCCCCAGCAAAAAAAGGCGACGAGAUUCGGACUUGGAUCUGGAAGACCCACCCGCUAUUUGUUCUUCUCCACGAAAGAAGGCCAAAUUCCAGCGUCAAAUGUCCAAGCUCCGGGAAGAAAUUUCUCUCACUGAACUCACUAUGACCCCGGAAACUGAUCUUCCUUCUACACCUGGCUCCGAUUUCGAUUCAACUAUCGUCGCGAAUCCUAUCCAGAGCGAUCGAAAGUCUAAGUUGAGACAGGAGUUUGUUCUCGAUACCAUCCCUGAUUCACUACCAACAGUGUUGGCUUCUGGUCAGUCCAGCUUUCCAGUAAUCACCGACCAGGCCGCUCCCAUCGAGUCCAUUGAAACCACUAUUGCGACCACAGUCUCUCCCAUCGAUUUUGGAUCGCCUGAAUCUGCCACUGGGGAAUCCCACCGGUCAUCCACAUCCAGUGUUCCUACUUCGGUGAUAGCGACAGGUCUCAAGGCCCAGGCAGAAAGCCUUGAAACCGACCAGAAUCUAUCUAAAUCGGUUGAGCCAGAUGAGCCCACUGAAAAUGAUACCGAAAAGCCCAAGACUCGUCGAAACCGUCGCAAAUGGAAGAUUAUUGCCUCGAUUGAAGAGAAAAUGCCCCUCGUGCGAGUCCCAGGCGACUACACCAAAACCUCACGACUUCUUGCCCAGAAAUAUGACCGCUGGGUGGACUGUCAAACAUGUGAUGUGUGGUUUGUCCAAUCUAAUUCAUACCAGACCCGCCGCGAGUGCCCUCGCUGUGAGCGGCACUCCAAGCUGUAUGGUUUCCAGUGGCCUAAAACGGACAAGGGCAAUGACGGCGAGGACCGAGUUAUGGAUCACCGCACCAUCCAUCGAUUCCUUUCUCCCGAGUCUGAGGCUCGUGUUUCACGCCGUGAUCGAGGCGUCAGCUUCGGAAUCACGCCUGAACUCUCGGAUAGUCACACCGAGGCAGAGACCAGUGACGUUCUCGAACCACGUCGCAACACCCGUGCGAGCCGCCGCCUUACCCGAGAACUGCGGAUGACGAUGUAA